GCUUUGUCCCCGAUUUUGAUGGAGAGUUGCCGGGCCCUGUCUGUCACUGAGGUCACGAUGGAAGAAUUAUUUCUUACACCGAGCUGAUACGGCGGUGUGGCAGAGACCAAGGAUGUAACGAUUCACUGUAAUGAUUCGUUUUGAGUGCUCCCUAGGGACCAUCCAGUUCAACCGAAGAGAAGCUGUGCGAUUGUAUCGAUAUCAACGAUUAAUCGAUGAAGUAUAUUUGUCAAAUUUGUGACUGGGUGCGGAGUGGUGCGGUGUGUGAAUCGUGUGAAUGCUAUGUGGAAUAAGUACUGUAUAGGUUAUGUGCGAAUUUUUUCAAAAUGUUGUCAAGUGUUAUUAAUUGCGUAAUGUAACUAAUGAGACCGGAUAAGGACGUAUUUCAAUUUUGUUUUCUGUUCACACAAUCAUUUUGAAAAUGAUUGUUAGAAUUGUAGGCCACAAUUCCCCGGCUUCCAGCUAUUUUAGGCUGGGAACUCAGUGCCAUUACCAUUUGCGAAACAAUUUUAAAUGCACUCCUGGUGGAAAUCGAGGAAAUUUUCUUCAACAACCUUGGCGUCCAAAUAAAAGUACUUCAACUUCAAAUACCAGUAAAAAAUUACCCAUUUCUUUAAAAUUAGGUGCUUUUGUUGCAUCAGCAACUGGAGUUAAGUUGCUUAGUACAAUCCCUGUAUUAUGUAUUCAACAACAACCUAUGAAAACAUUAGGAACCAAUGUUCAAGUACUAGAAGCAAAGUUUGAUUGGAAAAAGUUUUUUGAAAUGUUGUGGCCUCAUGCUUGGCAUCUUGCUUCUGCUAUAGCAGGUGCCUUAGCAGUUGCAUUUCUUAAUAUCAAAAUACCUUUAGUACUUGGAGAGAUAAUUAAUAUUUUAUCAGAACUGUUAAAAACUGGGAGUGGUUUAGUUAUAACCAAGGAAAUGGCAAAACCAAUUAAAAAUCUUAUAGGCAUGUAUGUAGCCCAGGCUGCUUUUACAUUCCUGUACAUAUCUCUUCUUUCGUGUGUUGGUGAACGUAUAGCUGCUUCAAUGAAACAAGAGUUAUUUUCAAGUAUAAUGAAACAGGAUAUAUCAUUCUUUGAUUCUAACAGAACUGGGGACAUAAUGAAUCGCAUAACUGUUGAUGUGCAAGAAUUCAAAAGUUCGUUUAAACUCUGCAUAUCGCAUGGUCUUCGUAGUUUUACUCAGAUGGCAGGUUGUGUGAUAUCUCUUUUUGUCAUAUCUCCUCAAAUGGCUGGAGGAAUGUUACUUGUCCUCCCCAGUGUUAUUGUAGUUGGCACUGUUGUCGGUUCAUUUUUGAGACGUUUAUCUCGUGCAGCCCAAGCUCAGGUCAGCAAGGCUACUGCUGUGGGUGAUGAAGCAAUUAAUAACAUCAGAACUGUUCGUGCUUUUGCUGCAGAAGAUAAGGAGUGUGAACUCUUUGCCUAUGAAACUAAUACAGCUGCAGAUUUUAAUCAGCUCUUGGGUAUUGGAAUUGGAAUGUUUCAGGGUGGCACAAACUUAUUUCUGAAUGGACUUGUUUUGGGCACUUUGUAUGGAGGCAGCCAUCUCAUGGCAUCUGGCAAUAUAAAUGCUGGUGACCUAAUGGCAUUUCUGGUUGCAACACAAACAAUCCAACGUUCAUUGGCACAACUUUCAUUAUUAUUUGGCCAUGUAAUACGUGGUUUGUCUGCAGGAGCAAGAGUUUUUGAGUAUAUCAAUAUGCAGCCUACCAUCCCAAUUUCUGGGGGAAAGACAAUCCCAUACCAUUCCUUGAUUGCUGAUGUAGAAUUCAAAGAUGUUAGCUUUGCUUAUCCAACCAGGCCACAACAGGUUGGUGUUAGAAAUGUAUUGAAAAAUUUCAACUUGAGGCUUCCAUCAGGGCACACAGUAGCUGUGGUGGGCACAUCUGGAAAUGGGAAAUCCACAAUUGCUGCAUUAUUGGAGAGGUUUUAUGAUGUAGAUAGUGGGUCAAUUACAAUUGAUGGUUUAGAUAUUAGAGACUUGGACCCUGCAUGGCUGAGAGGAAGAGCCAUAGGAUUCAUUAACCAAGAACCCACAUUAUUUGCUACUACAAUAAUGGAGAACAUUCGUUUUGGAUUUCCUGAUGCUACAGAUACAGAGGUGAUAGAAGUUGCUAAGCUGGCAAAUGCCCAUGAAUUUAUCACAAAAUUUCCUGAAGGCUACAACACUGUGUUAGGAGAACGAGGGGUAACUGUUUCCGGUGGCCAGAGGCAGCGCAUUGCUAUUGCUCGAGCACUUUUGAAAAAUCCUUCAAUACUCAUCUUGGAUGAAGCAACAAGUGCUUUGGACACAGAGUCUGAAAGAAUUGUGCAAAAUGCCCUUGAAAAACUCACGAGGGGACGAACAGUUUUAGUUAUUGCCCAUAGGUUGAGCACAGUACAGAAUGCUGAUAUUAUAGUUGUUCUCAACAAUGGUGUUAUUGUAGAGGUUGGUUCACACAUGACUUUAAUGACUAAAAGAGGCUUCUAUUGGAAUUUGAUGCAACAACAGCAGCAGCAGCAAUAUAGUGAGGAAUUACCUAGACAAUUUGGGUAAUUUUUGCACAGAUUCAUGUGAAUUUGUUAUUAAUUUUCUGUUGGUGAUGGCAUUUUAAAAUUAUGGUUUAGAUGUUUUAUACGGCACUUGUUACCGAUGUGAACAUUAGUUUUGUCCUACAUAGGUAAUUUAGCUACUACUUCUAAAUAUUCUUCAAUUGCUUUCACUCGCAUUGAAAGUUUAAUUAUCCUCUGGAAUCUUCAUAUUUUGUGUGAGUAUGGGCGGUUAUAUUUUUGGUUUGAAGAAUUGGAAUGUCGAAUGCUCUUCAGAAUUGGAAUAAUAUUUUUUGAUGUAUAGGUCAUAUUACAAUUGUGUUCUAUUGUUAGUCUUGCUUGAAUUGUUUUUAUCAGUAUUUUCUUGCAAAUUAAAUACCAAUUCUUUUAGAUUUGUUUAUUCAUUAAGGCAGUCUACAUUGUAUGAUUUUUUUGAAAUCAUUAUCAUCUUGCUAGUCAUUGUACAUAUGUGUACAUUAAUAUAUAUUAUGAUUAUUUUUUUUAGCAAAUGGAAAUUUGUGUUUUUAAGAGAUUAGAAAUGAAAACAAUUUUUUGCGCAAGAUCAAAUUCUUUAAUUUUGUCUUUAUAAAUUGCUUCUUUUUAUUUAUAUGUUGAGUAAGAAUUGGAAAAAUAAAAAAAUAAAUAGUACUAAAUCAUUUUACACAAUCCAAUAGAUUAUUUAAUAUAUAUUAAUAUUUUUAGGAAUUUACCAUUGCAAAUGUACAAAUAAGUAAAUGGCAUAGAAGCAUAAGCCUUAAGUUAUUCAAAUAGUGAGUGGAGCUAAUAAAAUCUAGAAUUUGCCAGAAAAAUAAUUGUUGUACUGUUUCAUGUAGUGUUUCAUCUUCAUUCCUAGGAUUAAACGGUUUCUUUAAUGUUGUGUAUUAAUUUCCAUAAAACAAGUGAACUGUUUUAGUUGGAAAUCUUUCAUUCUUGUGCCCUUGGGCAAUCUUUAAAUAGCACAUCUUUAAAUUGUUGUGAUUUAGUAGUAAUUUGUGGAUAUUGUUUUUUUGUUGAAUUUUCCAUGGUAAUUUUUCUAAGUCACAGUAUUAAGAAUGAAGAUAAAAGAAAUUGAAACGUCUUACAAAUCAAUAAUAAUCUGUUUUAUCCCUGUGAUUCAUUCAGUUAAAUGAAUUCUGUUUUGUUGCCUCAUUAUGACUUAUAGCAAUUUCUUGACUGUAAGUUAUUUAUACAAGAAUAAAAGACUAUUUGUUCAUGCCAAUAUUUUUCUUUUUAUAUUUCAUCUUCAUCACGGUUAAAAGUAUUAAUAAUAUGAGUCCCAUCUAAAGGUGUACAGUGCUACAUUUGGCUAAUGACAAAUUAAUUAACAAAUUUACUAUGAUAAGUAAAUAAAUGUGAACCAAAACAAACACAAGUACAUAGAAUUUUGUGUAUAAUGUGACAUACUAGUGUAUACCGAGGUGGAAAAUAGAAUAAUGGGUAUUGUGCAUAGGAGUGGCAUGCAGGCUGAGUAGGAUGUAUUACGUUGUCAUUGCAUUGUCAAUGCUUAUGAGUUCUCAUUGGUUGAUUUUUAAUUAAUUUUGUGUUGACUGUGAAUGGGAUUGUUCUUUGGGUUUGUUUUAAUUCACAUUUAGGUGUAAUAAGAAAUAGUGUCAUAUAUCUUCAGAUUGGAACUCAUUCUAUUGUUAAUAUUUUUAGCCCUGAUGAAAGUGAAAUGUAACCCUGAAAUAUCAGCAUGAACAAAGUGUCUAAUUUUCUUUGGACCAAAUGUUUUAAAAGACAAGAAAUUUCUACUGAUUAAGUUAAAUGAAAACCUCAAUUAAAGAGGCACACAAGGGCAGUAAAAAGUUUGUAUUUUCUUAUAUUAAACUUAUGACUUCAUCUUUAAUGGCUUUGAAUUCUGACUACUUAGUUUCUUAUAGAAGAUGUCUAUGUCUAAAUGUUCAUGAAAUCUUGGUAGUUCAUUAUCCAACAUUUCAACAUAAUCUAUAUCAUUGUCCUGGAUUUGGGACACACAUGAAACAGUGAAGUUGUUAAGGUCUGAUAUAAUUUUUGUAACUUUGAUUAUUUUUUCUGUAACUUUUUAAACAAAGUUUGCACACAAUGACUCUCUUCAAAAAGACUCAAGGAUAUGUUUGCCGAGAGUAUGAAGCAGUGUUUCUCUGUGUGUGCGGCAAAAGAAUUGCAUUUCUAGUGCUCUUAUCUGGAUGUUAUCACAAAAACAUUCUUAUCUGCAAUCACAUAUGUGCCACUUUAAUGUCGAAGCAAAAUGACUGUCUCUACACAAGUAUAAUUCUAUGGGAAAGGAAAAGUGGUGUGGCUCCAAGAGAAUACAAUUGAUGUUGGUUUACAUGUUCCAGAUACUUGGAAAAUAAUUGUGAUUUUGUAAACAGAUGUUCACAUUUAUGUGACUUGAAUAGUACUCUAUGAAUGAUAUUGUUGUGCCUUGUUAUAAUGGUUUUUUACUGUUCUUCCUUCAAGGAGAGUUGUGACCUGAUGGAAUAUGAUGUAUGGAUUGUAUCAUGAACAUUUCUGAAAUUUUUUAUUUUAAUGUUAAAUACUUGUUACCAUUUGUAUAAGUCUGUUUACAAAUACAAAUUUUGUUUUAUUUAUAUCUACA